AACCCUAAAUUCCCCAUGUUUGCUUUUGCUUGAAAAGUUGGUGUGUGGAAAAAAACCGUGUGGGCAUUUUUUGUGAUUUUGCGAAGUGAUUUUGUGUGAAAAAAUGGAUAAACCUGAAGAAAUGGAAAACAGCGGAAGUCACCCACCGAUGCGUGGUGGUGGAUUUCGCGGUAGGGGCCCGUACAGAGGCUUUGAUCCCCGUGGCCGUGGCCGGGGGCGCGGUUUUGGUCGUGGUGGCCCAAUGGGUGGACGCGGGAUGCCACCCAUGAUGCGUGGACGUGGUAUGAUGCGAAGUCCCCGCGGGUUCGGGAUGCGAGGCUUUGCCCCAAGGGCACCGCGUGGUUUGGGACGCGGUGGACCUCCGGCAAAUUCCCACGGAGGACCACCACCGAGUACCACGCCAACAUCAUCCGCACCAGCUGCUACACCCGAGGAUGGAGCUCCCAUUACGACAACAACAUCCUCAUCAGCACCCCGGGGUAGUUUCCGCGGAAGAGGAUUCUUCCGUGGGCGUGGAUCUUUCGGGGGCCCCGGAGCACCCAAUAAUACGACAAUUCCCGGAACUGGACCUGAUCCAAAGCCUUUCAGGGGCAAUGAUAGGGGUUCCGGUGGUUUCAGGGGUCGUGGUAGGGGUUUCGGGGGCUUUAGUCGCCCCUUCAACAGGAAUCUUCUAACCCCAGGGCAGGAUAAUGGGAAUAUUGCUCCCGUGCCAUCAUUGAAACGCAACGGCCCCGGUGGUUUACCAGGGCCGAAGCGUGGGCGUUAUGAUUCAGGGCCCCCAACGAGGGGAUUCGCUCCCAAACCCAACUACGUGCAGUCCAAUCCAUCGCACAUGAAUCAUCAGUACAAUCAACCCCAGGCUGCGCCAAAUCACAGUGGGUACGUUCAGGAUGGAAGUCAUCAGCAGAGCAUGGAUCCUUAUGCGCAGUCUUACCAGCAAGCUCCACAGCAGAGCUACACAAACAAUGGGUACUCCCAAACAGGGUACACUGAUCCCAAUGCCCAGACUACGACGUAUCCACAGACAAGUGGAUACGAGCAGCAGUAUCAGGAUUACAGCAGUGCCACCACUUAUGGUACCCAAGAUACGAGGUAUCAGUACAAUAACACUCAAAGCUACCAAAGUGGCUAUGGAACAACAACUGAUACCUACAAUACAGCUCCACAAGAUCCCUACCAGCAAUCGUCAUACGACGAGAGCACCUACAGCACUGGUUAUGAUGCCAAUGCUUACUCCCAGGGAUCCUAUCAAAAUACAACAGGCUACUACUAAGCCACACAAGGUGUUUAAAAACAAAUAAAUGAUAGAAAUUGGGAGAAGAUUUUAGUGUGGUAGACGCUGGAGCAACCUUGAGAGGAGAAACUUCGUAGCAAGGUAAGAUUGUCUUUUAAGGAUGCUAAAAGGAAGUUAUUCAACAUAUAGUUUUUUUCGUAAUACCUUGACUAAUAUGCACAUAAAGAUAUAUUUUAAAAAAUAUUGAAAAAUAUUUACUUAUACAUUAUGGGGGAAUUAAGAACAGAAACAUUGAGGAAAUAUUGAAAAUUAAAUAAAAAAUAAAGAUUAAGGAAAAAUAAAAGCAAGAAAAACAAUUAAAAAGUACGAAAAAAAAUUACAGCACGAUUGAAUUUAAUUUUACAAAAGAAAAAAGCAAAAUAAGGAAAAUCCAAUAAUUGAGAUAUUCUGACUAUUUUAUUUUGGAAAAUAUUUUUCUCCAUUAUUUUUUAAAAGUUUAUUGUAGGUUUGAAAGAAAGAAAACGAGAAAAAGGAUAUAAUUGUCUGUCUUUUGGACUUUGUCAGGAAAGAAAUAUUAUUUUAUGAUUAUUGACAUUAAGAAGUAGAUGCUAGGAAUUAGUAUGACGGAAUGAAUAUAAAAUAAUCCAUAAUCACUGAAUAUUUAAUCAACAGUGAAAUAUUUGAAAUUGUUCUUCAAUUAUAAAAGAAAACAUUAAAAGAAAUAAUUAAGAAGGAAAUAAAAAAAAAAUGUAGGAAAAAGUUAAAGAAAUUUUAUUUAAAAUUACGCGGAAGGAAGAACAAUUUUUUAAAGGAGCUUUUUAGAUGAUUAUAAGCCAGAUAAAAUACGUUUAAUUGUUCAGCUGAUUUUCUGAUUACUGAGGAAUUUUUUUUAGGAAAAAACAACCAAAAAUGAAAAUACUUGAUAUUUAAGAAACAAUUCUUUAUUAGAAAUCUUAUUCAGAAAUUGCAACAGAAAAAUCUUUUAUCAACUUUGACGAUUUUUUAAAAUUAUUUUAAGCAAAUAUUGUAAACAGAACACUUUUUAUUAAACUUAGAUCUCCCGUAGAUAAACAUUUUAAGACGACAGUUCGUGUGAAUAGAAAUUUUAAAUUAACAUUAAUGCACUAUAGUUGCUAACAGAAAAAUAAAUAAAAAAAAACUAAAAAUAUUGUGAAAAAACAGAAAAUUGAAAAAAAUAUAGAAAAAUUAGGUCUCAACUUAGAAAACAAAUUAAAUUAGUUUUAUAAUUUUAAAGUUUUGCACGUAAAAAGAAAGUAAAUUACUAUAAUUUUAUUCAAGGAAAAUAAUUGCAGAUAAACCAAACUUCUAACUAUGUAUGUGUCGUGUAUUUGUUAGAAAAUAUAUUCUGUAGAUUAAAACAAAAUUAAAAGAAAUAAAAAAAAGAAAACAAA